AUGACGUGGUAUGCUUCAAUGAACUCGUUCAGUCCUUGGGAUAUCGAACAAUUUAUUCGAAAAUCCCCAAGUUUAUCCCUUACUGGAUAUUUAUUGGUUAAGCUCAAUUCUCGAUGGAAGGAUAAUUUGCACAAAGCCGAUGUUUUUAUUGAUGGCUUAUUGUCCGUCAUUUGGCUCUAUCAAUGUAUUACUAAUUUAAUAACCUUUUCCGAUAAAGAAAUGGGUUGUAAUACAAUCACAGAUGACAACCAAACAAAGUGUCGUUUAUUCCUUGGCAACACAGCCCUUUCAUUUUUUGCGCUUUCUAUCGCACUUAUCAUGUUAAUGUUAUCGAUAUUAAGAUGGAAGAACGGGAGUGACGUUACACCAACAACUCAUGGUGUUAAAUCACAAGCUUAUUUGGUUCGAAAAGGUUCAUUAAGCAACGGUGAACCCGCAUUGUUCUUUUAUUCAAAGAAUAUGCACAAGCCUUAUAAUACCCAAAAAUAUACGUCCAAUUCAAUUGGGGUGAAUCCAACUUCUCCCGUUAAUAUUUCAAUACCCGAACCCGAAAUGGUCGCUAACUCAAAAUGUAGUCGUAGUGUUUAUGUUGGAAUGGAUAAUUAUGAAGGGGAGAAAGAUGAUCCUGCUUUGAAGUAUUGA